CUGCAGUGGCGACUUGGUAUAAAACCCUCAGUUAGAACCGGCAGAGCCUUCUGUAGACGGCUUGGGUCGGACCUACAUUUCUCACUCACGCUCGCAAGACACACGCCACACAAAGGGAAGAAUGCGAGAAAUCGUUCAUAUUCAAGCUGGCCAAUGUGGCAAUCAAAUUGGAGCAAAGUUCUGGGAAGUGAUCAGUGAUGAACACGGCAUCGACCCCACCGGAAACUACGUAGGAGACUCUGACCUGCAGCUGGAGAGGAUCAGCGUCUAUUACAACGAGGCGUCCUCCUCCAAGUAUGUGCCCAGAGCCAUCUUGGUGGACCUGGAGCCUGGGACCAUGGACAGUGUUCGCUCUGGAGCCUUUGGCCAUCUGUUCAGACCAGACAACUUCAUCUUUGGCCAGAGUGGAGCAGGGAACAACUGGGCCAAGGGCCACUACACAGAAGGGGCGGAGCUGGUGGACUCUGUACUGGACGUGGUGAGGAAGGAGUGUGAGAACUGUGACUGCCUGCAGGGCUUCCAGCUCACCCACUCCCUGGGCGGGGGCACCGGCUCUGGCAUGGGCACCCUGCUCAUCAGCAAAGUGCGAGAGGAGUACCCCGACCGCAUCAUGAACACCUUCAGCGUGGUGCCUUCCCCGAAGGUGUCCGACACGGUGGUGGAGCCUUACAAUGCCACCCUGUCCAUCCACCAGCUGGUGGAAAACACAGAUGAGACCUACUGCAUCGACAAUGAGGCGCUCUACGACAUCUGCUUCCGCACCCUCAAGCUGGCCACGCCCACUUACGGGGACUUGAACCACCUGGUGUCGGCCACCAUGAGCGGUGUGACCACCUCCCUCAGGUUCCCUGGGCAACUCAACGCCGACCUGCGCAAGCUGGCCGUCAACAUGGUGCCCUUCCCCCGCCUGCACUUCUUCAUGCCAGGCUUCGCCCCCCUUACAGCCCGCGGGAGCCAGCAGUACCGCGCCCUCACAGUGCCCGAGCUCACCCAGCAGAUGUUCGACGCCAAGAACAUGAUGGCCGCCUGCGACCCCCGCCACGGCCGGUACCUCACCGUGGCAACAGUCUUCAGGGGACGCAUGUCCAUGAAGGAGGUGGACGAGCAGAUGCUGGCCAUCCAGAGCAAGAACAGCAGCUACUUUGUGGAAUGGAUCCCCAACAACGUGAAGGUGGCCGUGUGCGACAUCCCUCCCCGCGGGCUCAAGAUGUCCGCCACCUUCAUCGGCAACAGCACGGCCAUCCAGGAGCUCUUCAAGCGCAUCUCGGAGCAGUUCACCGCCAUGUUCCGCCGCAAGGCCUUCCUGCACUGGUACACGGGCGAGGGCAUGGACGAGAUGGAGUUCACCGAGGCCGAGAGCAACAUGAACGACCUGGUGUCCGAGUACCAGCAGUACCAGGACGCCACCGCCGAGGAGGAAGGGGAGAUGUACGAAGACGACGAUGAGGAGUCGGAGAUCCAGGGCCAAAAGUGAACAUUCCAGAAGUAAAUUACUCUCGAACCGUCCAAGUGUUCAGAAACCUCUCUGUGUUCUCCAUGCAGACCAAAAUGGGUCUCUUUGCCUCUCCUAGCUGCCCUAGGAUUCUACCUCCCUUUCAGUGUUAGUUUUUCUCUGCUAACUGUUUAGCGCCAGUUCCUAGUUCACUGACUGUAUCAUUGCUUUUACUGGUAAUACCUGACCUGCAGAAAAAACGUUUGCCAGUUCUAUACAACUGACUAUUCAGUUUAAUUGUGCAAAAAUAAAGUAGUUUCAAAACUGA